AUGUGUAGUUUCUCCCACCAUCGUGAAGCCAAAAUUCUGCAUUAUCUAGUCGGCUACGCUUCAGCCUUCAGCAAGCCAAGGCAAAAUGAAGAAGAUGCUAGAUUGAAUGAAAGCUCCUACGGCUACAAAGUAAGAGUUAUUAGGAAUGGCAGAGCAGAAGAGGUGCCAGUAUGUUUUAAAGCAUUUCAAUCACUUUUUGGAAUUAAAGACUCUAUAUUACAUACAAUCAAACCAUCUCAAAGAACAACUGUCGAGUUGCCGAUGGAUGGAAGGGAAAAACAUACCAAUAGACCUCAUAAGAUGUCUCAACAAACCCGUAAAUCUUUGUGUCAGAGUUCAACAUCGCAUUCGGUUAUCCACGAACCGAAACGUGCUGUUGGUGCGAUGAGCAGAAAGUCAAAAUUACUGAGCUGGAUAGGAAAAUUGCCGCUGAAAAAAGUGAUGACAAAAAGGCAACUAAAACAGUUAAUGUUCAUUCAAACAAAACGCAAAACCAUUGACCAUAGCAAAAAAUAUAAUGGAAGUUACAUGUCAUCAUUGAUAAAAGAUCAUCGGAAGAACCAGAAGAGAAAAUCAAACGUACCAGAUCUUCAAGAACCCAACCAGCUCUAUCAUAGCCCUAUACCUCUGCCCAAAGAAAAGUGUGCUGAUCUAAAAGUUCUAAUGAAAUUUUGUAAAGAAGAGGGACCUAAAGGGUACUACAGCCAACUUAUUUCUGCUAACUAG